GAAAAAAUUGUCGAUGAAUGAGAUGGAAUCACACAUAGGACCGAUACAAGAUUUCUUAACUCCUUAUAAGACUCGAACAAUCUUUUUCUUUUGAAUUAGUUUUUGCUAGAUAGAAUAAUUUGACGUGGCAGGUGAUUGAGAAGGUAGAGACUAGAGAUGGGCAGAGCUUAGAUUCCAAGUGUAUUGGGGCUUGUGGGGGUGGGGCUGUUUCUUGGUAAUGUCCUUUCUUUUUGUUAAAUAUUGCAUGCUUUGGACCACAUACAUUACUCCUCCUCUAUAUAAGAAAAUGCCUUCUCCUUUUCCCUCUUCAAAUCCAACUUCAUUCUUCUACUACUUUGCUCAGUCUCUCUCACACACACACAAAAAGAACUUUUUCCCUAUAUACCUUGAAUUCAAAGAAAUUGGCAAUAAAAAUGAAGAUGAACAAUACUGGUGGUGCAAGUCAUGAUGAGAGGUCAAAGAAGAAAAUGUCAAGUGGAAGACUUGGAAAGUUUCUUAAGGAGCAAAGAGGGAGGCUUUACAUAAUGAGAAGAUGUGUAGUCAUGCUUCUAUGUUGGCAUGAUUGAUGAUCCAAAUUGAAAUAUAUUGAAUCACCAUGAUGAAAAAUCUAGCAAAGGGGGAAGGCCCAGAGACGUCGAAUUCGAAUCGAUAUUAAACAGAAUGACAAAGAGUUUCGAAAUUGAAUCUUGAGUUUAAUAGAGACGAGAAGAGAAAGUCCAAGUUAUAUAAAUCUUCAAGCUCGAAAAGGGUCAUUGUUCGCGGCUGUUUACCUUUUAGUUUCCAAUUGUAAAUACAAAAGAGAAAUAUUUAGUUACCUGAAAAGUUAGAAUUAGUACCAAUAUUCCCAUGAGGAGCUACGUUGAUUACGGUUUACAAUAUAUUCAAGCUCAGCUUAAUCAUUUACGUACUAUAAUACUCUAGUUUCUUCUCAAAUCUACCCCUCAAUAGAGGCAAUUAUUAGCACUAUUUGUAAAUAUUCUUAAAGACAUUAGAUCAAAUGACAAUUAACUAACGCUAAUAAAAAUUUUAACAUUCUUUGUUAAUGUGCAUAUUUAUUACUGCUAAAGG